UGUAGUCUAAUAACUUAAAUUAAGAAUAACUAAUUCAAUUAGGAUCUAAAAAGAUAUCAAUCAAUCAAUCAUUUUUUAGACAUACAAAAUAUUAUAAGCAUGUUUAAUAUCAAAAUUUCACAAAGUAUCGGCCUUGUGCUGAUAUUUACUACUCUUCUUAUUACAGGAGGUAUAUUUAUGAAUGCUCUUAAGAAAGAAAUCAAUUAAGAUGAUGAAAUGUUUACUGAAACUGGAAGUCGUAAUUUCAGCGUUUGGUUGAAAGGAAUCAACAUUCCUAAAUCUCUUGAGCAUAUUGCUUAUGUUUCUUAGGAUAGAAUUGACUAAUGGCUCGUAGAUAUCACUAAUGCUAGUAAGCAAUAUCCUACUUUCUGUAACACUGGAGAUGAUAAAUUAGAUAAGUACGAAUUUGCUGCUUUCUUGACUAUUAUUGGUUCUGAAACUGAAUUCACUUAUGGAUUCCCCUGUACUCACGAAUAGGGUUGCCCAGAUUGCACUCAUUGCUCUUACAAUACCAAUGGUCUUCAAUGCCUUACUGAUGAUAAGCUUUAAUAUUUUGGCCGUGGUCCUGUUCAACUUUCAUGGAAUUACAAUUAUGCUGAUUUUAGUUAAAGUUACUUUAAAGAUGACAGACUUGUAAAAAAUCCUACUUUACUUGAUAGCAACACUGAAUUAUGUUGGGCAAGCGCUGUUUGGUUCUGGAUGGAAAGACACGAUUAUGGUGGCUGGUGCAUGCCCUAAGCUGGUUGGGACUAGCACGAUACUUGUGAUGCUAAGUGUCCUAAUGGUCCAAGUGGAUGCUAACUUAGUUAAUGCUCAGAUGCUCAUUGGCUUCCUAGAAAGUAAGGUUCAUGCCAUGAUGCUAUGCACUCAAGUGGUUCUAUCGGAUAAGUCAUUAAUAUCAUUAAUGGAGGUUAUGAUUGCUGUCCUACAACUACUUACUUUGCUGGCUUUGGCCAUACUCUUAGAAGAACUGAAUGGUGGGCUACCAUAGUAGUUAAUUGGGGAUUAGGUCUUCCAUGGACAUAAGUAGACCCUGUACCUAUUAAUGAAUGCCCUAGAGCUGUUGGUCAUAUCAACUGUACUCCUCUUAAAGAUAAUCCUGAAAAUUGUUGGACUUGUUGCACUGAAAAGAAUUGA